GAAAAAUGGCGUGGUAGUGAUCAACACAUGUGAGUUUGGAUACCAAAUUGAGAAGUGGAUUAAAACAGUAAGGAUUAACUACAAUUGAAUCAAUAUCAACUAUGGCGUCAUUGGAUGAGGAUUUCCCUCGUGGAGGGACGGGCAAGAAAGCAGAGACUAAAGCGAAACCCGUGAGACACCACACUGAGGUGGACAACCUGUUCCAGACGCAUGAACCAGCAGAAACAAAGAAAAGGAAGGGAGAGAAAAGGAACGAGGGGAAGAAUGUGGCUAAGAAGCAGAAAACGAGCAAAGAGGAGACGCUCAAACUCAAUGCAGCAGCCAAAGUCGAAAUUCUACAUCUGAAGAGUCUGAAGGUGGGUACCUUGGUACUGGGGUGUAUCAAGGAAGUGACAGACUUCGAGGUGAUGGUGAGCCUGCCCAGUGGCCUUAUGGGAUACCUGGCCAUCUCCAACAUCUCUGACUCCUACACCAAGAUGGUCCGUGAGCAGCUGGACUCAGAUACCGAGGAGAUCUUCUCCCUCCCUGACCUCUUCAGUCCAGGCAUGCUGCUGAGGUGUUCUGUUGUCAGGCUGAACAUCACCAAGAAAGGCACGGUCAGCAUCCAGCUGUCCAUCAACCCCAAGGAGGUCAACAAAGGCCUGACCACCAGCUGUCUGAGUGCUGGCAUGAUCCUGAGUGGUUGUGUGGAUAGCGUUGAGGAUCACGGGUACCUGGUUGACAUUGGCGUCAGCGGAACCAAAGCUUUCUUGCCCAAGCAGGCGGCAACAGACCAGCCCAUCCCAAAAGAGCUGAAGGUGGGUCAGUGUGUGGUGUCCCUGCUGGAGGAGGUGAAGAACGAAGGGCGCGUGAUCCGUCUCUCCACCUGCCCGCGGUCCGUGGCUCAGUCCUACGCUGACAUCAAACACGGCUGGACCCUCACCAACCUGCUACCUGGGCUCCUGGUCAAAGCCCAGAUCAAAAAGGUGACCAUUCACGGCCUCAUCCUGGAGUUCCUCUCCUCCUUCUCAGGCAUGGUUGACUUCAUGCACAUGGAGCCCUCAUGCAGCUACAAUGAGGGAGAUGAGGUGAAAGCCUGCGUGCUGUAUUUGGAGCCCUCCUCUCGCCUGCUGGGCCUGUCGCUGCGCGGCCACCUCCUGCAGCCAGGGGGCGACCUGGCGCAGGUGACCAGCGAGCGCAUCGGAGAGGUGCUGGAGGGCUGCAAGAUGACCUCGCUCCACCACUACUCUGGAGCCAUACUGGAGCUCCCUGACAGCACCCAGGUCUUUGUGCAUAGGAACCACAUGAAGGAGCCCAAAGACCCCUUCAACAUGAACAGGGUCAUGGCCAAAGCAGAACACACCUGCAGGAUCAUGGACUACAGCACCAUGGAGCAGAUGCACUAUGUCAGCCUGCGCAUGAGUGUUAUAAAAUCACCAUUCUUCAGAUACCAUGACAUCCAUCCUGGACAAGUUGUGGAGGGCACGGUGAUCAACCUGAAUCCCAGCGGGAUGACGGUGAAGUUGACCGAGCACAUCCGGGGGAUGGUCCCCAAGACACACCUCUCUGACAUCAUCCUCAAGAACCCAGAGAGGAAAUACACCGAGGGCAUGAAGGUCAAAUGUCGGGUGUUGGCCGUGGAUCCUCAGAGGAAGAGCCUGACCCUAACCAGGAAGAAGGCCCUGGUGGAGUCUUCCCUGCCGCUGUUCCUGAGCUUCGCCGACGCUCGCCCCGGCCGCAUCUCCCACGGACACAUCAUCUGCGUCAAGGACUUUGGCUGCAUCGUCCGUUUCUACGGCGACGUCAAGGGGCUGGUGCCCGUCCGCGAGCUCAGCACGGAGCUCGUCAUCGUACCGGAGAAGAUGUUCUUUGUCGGUCAGGUGGUGAAGGCCAAGGUGCUGAACUGUGACUUGGCGAAGGAGAAGCUGCUGUUGUCCUUCAAGGCCGUGGCAGGAGGGGACACCGAGGCGCCGCCUAAACCCCAGUUUGACUUUGAGAUCGGGAAGAAGGUGGAAGCGAGGCUGGUGGCCAAAGUCCUGGGGGCUCUGGAGGUGGCCAUCCUCCCAGAGGAGGUCCCGGCCCUGCUCCCCAUCAGCCACCUCUCCGACCACGUGUCCAACUGCCCCCUCCUGUUUGAGGCGCUGCAGGAGGGCGACACCAUCUCCAACCUGGCCUGUGUCAACCACAACAAGCAGCACAUCACCCUGACCAAGAAGCCUGUGUUGAGGGCUUCCAUGGAGGACGGGCCUGUUGCCAGGGAGUUCUCUGACGUCAAAGUGGGCAUGCAGCUGAUUGGCUGGAUCAAGAACAUCAUGCCCUACGGCGUGUUUGUGGAGUUCCCCUGCGGACUGGUAGGCCUGGCCCCCAAAUCGGCGAUGAGCGACAAGUUCAUCAGUGACACAACAGGGCCCUUCCAGCUGGGCCAGACGGUGGGAGCCAAGGUGACCAACCUGGACGAGGAGAAGGGCCGCUUCCUGGUCAGCCUCAAGGUGUCCGAGGUCAUGGCCCCGGAGGGCGACGCCCAGGCCCGGCUGCUCCAGGGCCUGCUGGAGAGAAGGGCUGUGGCCGACAUGAUGGCCAACAAAGAGGACUCUGAGCUCCAUCAGCAGCUGUCAGUGGUGACCCUGGGCCAGAGGCUGAAGCUGAGCGUGGAGCAGGUGAAGGAGGACGAGAGCGUGAGCCUGGUGUGUGACGACCUGAAGGGUGCCACCGUGCUGGCCACCAAACACCACAGCAUGGGUGUAAAGGUGUCUCCUGGACAGAAGGUGAAUGCUGUGGUCCUCCAUGUUGACCCCUUGAGCACCCAGGUCCAUGUCUCCCUGCUGCCUAAGCUGGUGGCAAAGAGGAAAUCGGUUGAAGAGGGGGCCAAGUACACCGCCCGGGUGCAGCAUGCCGACAAGGACUUUGCCGUCAUCUCAUUGGGCGACACGGCCCAGCUGACCGUCGUCCAGACGACCAACAACCUCAACGACUCGUUCCGCUUCGAGACGGAGAAGCUGCUCCCGGGCCGCUUCCUGGCGGUCAGCGUGACGGACCCCAGCUGCGAGGACCUGGAAGGGCUCCCCCUGGUGGAGUGGGACUCAAAGGUCCAGCGCGGGGCGGCCGCCGACCAGGCGGGGCCGAGGGGGACGGGGCGCCACCGCUACGGCGACCUGGUGAAGGGCAAGGUGAAGGCGGUGAGGCCCACGUGCGUGCAGGUGGAGCUGGAGGGCGGGGCCACGGGGAGCGUGCACGUGUCGGAGGUGCAGGACGGAGCGUGCCUGGGGACCUUCCCCACGUCCGCCGUGAAGCUCGGCAGCGAGGUCACAGCCAGGGUCAUAGGAGGGCGGGAGGCCUGUAGUCACAGGUACCUUCCAUUUAGUCACCCCAAUUUCACCUAUUUCAUUCCUGAGCUCAGUCUUUUGCCAAGUAAGCUACAGGAGGACGUGGUUCUGGAGCCGGUCAAGCGCAGCCUGAAGGAGGAGCUCAUGACCUACCAGGUCGGCCAGAAGGUCACAUGCUUUGUGUCAAAGUACUACCCAGAGAAGAAGUGUUUAGAGGUGACCAUCAGUCCCUCUCUAACAGGAACUGUUGAUAUACUUUCCAUGGUCACUGAUCCUAAAGAUUUGAAACACCCAGAGAAGCUGUACAAACUGGGCCAGGCAGUCGGUGCCAAUGUGGUUCAAGUCAGUUUGAAACCUCUGCGUCUCUCCCUCUCUCUGACUGACGUGCCCAAGCUGGAGAACGGCAGCGUCACCGUGGGGAUCGUGCAGAGCGUCCAGCCCCAAGUGGGCUUGGGCGUCAGGCUGCCACUGGGCGCCAAGGGAACCGUCGCCGUGGUGGACCUGCUGGACUCGUACAAGCGCGAUCCGCUCCAGGCCUUCAGCAAAGGCCAGCUGGUCAGGUGUUGUGUUCUCAGUGAGAAAAGCGGUCAAUGGCAGCUCUCUCUCCGGCCCUCGAGGUUGAGUCCAGACAAGCCCUCCGUGGUGAAGGACCCGGAGGUGCGGUCUGCGGGGGGCCUGACACCUGGCCAGAUCCUCCGAGGCUAUGUCAAGUCUGUAGGUGAACAUGGGGUCUUCAUCAGGUUGUCCACAAACAUCACGGGAAGAGCCCAGUUUCAGCACGCCACCAAGUACUUCAGCAGCCCCGACGUGUUCGCCAAGCACGUCCCCGUGAACACCCUGCUCACCACCAAGGUCCUCCAUGUUGACACACAGAAUGAGCAGGUGGACCUGUCCCUGCUGUCAGGCGACACCGGGAAAGCAGACCUGCUCCCAGAAUCCCUUGGGCUGCCGCUGAGGCUGCUGGGAGAGGAGAAGGAGAAAUACGACGCCAAGAGGAAGCGCAAGUCCUCCGAGAGCCAGCCGGAGCCGGUAGAGAAACCGGCGAAGAAGAAGAAAGGAAAGAAGGAGAAGACGGAGGACAUCGACAGUGGAGUGGAGGUGUAUUUCCGAGAGGAGGAGGAUGGGGGGGUGGGGAUUGAGGAGAAAUCGAACCCUCCAAAGCAGGGUAAGCCAGCAGCGGCCCCAGCCAGGCUGCAGGUGUCGGGGGGCUUCUCCUGGGACGCUGCCCUCAGCACCCUGAAGCCCGCCUCGGCCACCCCAGAGGGGGACGACUCCAGCGAGGGGGAGGAGGAGCAGGGCCAGCGCCAGAAGAAGACUCGCCACGAGCGGCACACGGAGAAGCGCCAGGCGGAGAAGGCCCUGUCGGAGCGGGAGACUGAGCUGAUGGACCCGGCCCUGAGGCCCCAGGACGCGGGCAGCUUUGAGCGCCUGCUGCUCGCCUCGCCCGACAGCUCGCUGCUCUGGCUGCAGUACAUGGCCUUCCACCUGCAGGCCACCCAGAUCGAGCAGGCCCGGGCCGUGGCUGAGAGGGCCCUCAAGACCAUCUCCUUCAGGGAGGAGCAGGAGAAGCUCAACGUUUGGGUGGCCUUGCUGAACCUGGAGAACUUGUACGGCAGCGAGGAGAGUCUGAAGAAGGCGUUUGAGCGGGCGCUGCAGUUCUGCGAGCCCAUGCCUGUCUACCAGCAGCUUGCAGACAUCUACGCCAAGUCUGGCAAGACCAAGGAAGCGGAGAACCUUUACAAGAAGAUUGUGAAGCGUUUCCGCCAGGAGAAGGCGGUGUGGCUAAGCUACGCCUCCUUCCUGCUGCAACAGGGCCAGAGCGACGCCUGCAGCGCUCUCCUGCAGAGGGCGCUCAAUAGCCUGCCCGCCAAAGAGAAUGUGGACGUGAUCGCCAAGUUUGCCCAGCUGGAGUUCCGGUACGGCGACGUGGAGAAAGGCAAGGUGAUGCUGGACAAGGUGCUGAGCAGCUACCCCAAGCGCACCGACCUGUGGUCCGUCUUCAUCGACCUCAUGGUCAAGCACGGUUCCCAGAAGGAAAUCAGGGCUCUCUUUGACCGGGUGAUCCACCUGAGUGUGGCAGUGAAGAGGAUCAAGUUCUUCUUCAAGCGCUACCUGGAGUACGAGAAGAAGAACGGCACCCCCGAGAGCAUCCAGGCCGUCAAGGAGAAGGCCCUGGAGUACGUGGAGAACAAGGCUACAGAGGCAGCUAGCUAGUUAGAGAACCACACACACACACACACAAACCGUAUCCAACGUUACCAAACAGACUUCCUUGUCAAGCCUCAUGUCUUGAGUCACUAAAUAUUUUUGCAUUGAGAAAUGUUUUGCGCUAUUGCAGGAGGGAAGUGUGCUGUCAUAAGGAAAUAUGAAUAAUCUAGUGUGGGGUUAUUUUUACAUUCUCAGAUACUUUCUUGAGCCUUUGUCAAGUGUGGCAUUUUAAUCUAUUGUGAAUGACUAGAAUAAGCAGCAUGGGUGUCUGUGUAGCUAUUAUUGUAUGGAUGAAUAAAAAAACAGGGUUGACAUGACUGAAUGACAUCCUUUUGUAAUAAAAGUAUUAUGUA